ACUCCCUGCCGCUUCCGGUGUAGCGACACGGAGGAGACGACGCGGUCGUGAUUCCAGUGCUUCUCUGUUUCCAGUCACUUUUCAGCUCUUAAAUUAACGUUAUUCUUUAUUAAAUUGGCAGAAUAUGAUGCUGGUGCACGUACGUGCUUGUUUGUGUUCAUAGCGCCUGUUAUCGGGCAGCAGCGGGGCUGUACGUCACUUUAACCUUGGCGACGUUACGUGUUCCUCUGCAUACAGAAUAAACAAUACAACAUGUCAGCCGUCUGUCGCCGGUUGAGCUCUCUGCCAGUCCAGCUCUUGUCAGCCGGCCCGCGGUUUGUUCCGGCGCGCAGCCGAUUCACCAAAGCAAGAAUCCCAAAGGAGCUGUUUGAGGAGCGAUCAAAAGAACAUGAGAAAUAUGGGGGGGAUCCAGAGCAACCUCAUAAACUGCACAUUGUGACCAGAGUCAAAAGUGUGAUGCGAAGACCGUAUUGGGAGAAAGAAAUGGUGAAACACCUUGGGCUCGGAAAGGCACACACACCUGUAAUUCACAAAAAUACACCUGCAGUCAAUAGCCAACUGAAGUUUGUCAAGCACCUCGUGAGGAUCGAGCCGCUGAAGACGCCCUCUGGAUUCCCUGCUGAGCAGGACAUGGGUGACACCUACAUCAACAGCAAAGGAGAGUUGAUAGUCCGUCGCCUCCUCCAUCCUGUAGAGCCCAAGGCCAUCGAAUCUUAGCUCCACAUUCAAUCAUUGUUAAUUACAAUUUAAGUUGCUCAUACAUACCAUUAAAAUUGUUCUGCUCCAUAA